AAAGUAAUUUGGAGGGAAUUUAACCCUAUAAAUACCCUCAUGUCUUCCUCUAACCAUUACAAUUCCAACCAACAAACACAACCUCUAUUUCUGAUUAUUUGAUACUUUCUACAAUGGUGAAGAGACCUAGUUUGGGACGCCAAAAGAUUGCAAUCGAGAAAAUUUCAAAGAAAAAUCAUCUACAAGUUACCUUCUCAAAGCGUCGAGCCGGACUUUUCAAGAAAGCUAGUGAGCUCUGCACUCUUUGUGGUGUUGAGAUUGCAAUAAUAGUAUUUUCUCCUGCUAACAAAGCAUUUUCAUUCGGUCACCCAGAAGUCGAGUCGAUUUUACAGAAAUUUCUUACUCGAAAUCCUCCUCCAAACUCCAUCAGCCACCACUUAAUCGAAGCUCAUCGAAAUGCUAAUGUUCGCGAACUCAAUUCCCAAUUGACAGGUAUUAUUAAUCAAUUGGAAAAAGAAAAAAACAAAGGAGAAGCUCUUAACCAAAUAAGAAAAUCUAGUCAAAAUCAAUGUUGGUGGGAAUCUCCGAUUGAUGAACUUGGGUUGCAAGAAUUACAGUAUCUCAGAAAUGCGUUGGAGGAGCUAAAGAAGAAUGUUUCAAAACAAGUAAACAAGAUCUUGCUUAAUUCUGCUAAUUCUUUGCCAUUUCUGGAGUCAAAUGGCAUUGGAUGUGUUAAAGAUUUUGAUACCAAACCUUCAGUUGAGCUUAAUUCUGUUUCCUCUAUUGGUUACGUCAAUAAUUUUGGUUAUGAACAUAGGAUUUUUUGAGUUCAAUUUUCUUGAUUAUUAUGGAGGGUUACAAACUAGUAACUCACUAGUAAAUUAAUUACCUCCUACAAAUAAUUAAUUGUUUUUUCUAUUUUUGUUUUCUGAUGUAAAAAAAUAAAUGUCUACAAAUCAA